AUGGCGCCAAAAGGUGGUAAAGGCGGCGGUGGUGGCCGCGGUGGUGGUAGCCAUCAUGGUAGCAGCAGUUUUUCGAGCAGCUGUGCGUCCGGGGCAUUUGACGAUGGAGCGAUUGUUGCCUCGAUAGUGUUCCUAUCCAUCUUCCUGCUCACUUUUCUCUGCUUGGGUUGCAUUACUUCGACCAAGUCAACUGCAAUGAAGAAGAGAAAUCAACGGAAAUCAAAGUCUCUAUGGUGGGCUAUGAGCUUAUCGUUAACACUGGUCAUUGGCUCUACCGUACUGUUCAUCGCAACGACAGUCAUGCGCGAGUGUAGAACUGUUGAAAAUUAUGAGCUGCUCUCCAUAAUCCGAACUUGGUUUAAAAACUGGUCAGCUCUACUCCUUAUCGGGGUUAUCAUGGUGCCACUCUGCAAGCAUCUGCAUCAACUGGCUGGCAAGGUUCUUGGGCGCGUUGUAGCAGUAGGCCAUUUCGCCGUCAUGGUUAUUAUGGCACUACUUCUCACCUGCUACUUGGGCUUGCAGUCUAGCCUUUCGGACAUUCGUGCGAACUACAGAGUUCUCCGGGCCCUAUCCCAAGCGACCACCGGGCUCGGGGCCACAUACAGUGUAGUCGCAUUUAUCGGAACGUGUCUAGCAUCGAUCAGCAUACUGUUUGCUGUCAUUCGAAGCUCUCAGAUCCAGAACUCUUGGGCAAAGAAAUGGAUCUUCUUUGUGAUCAUCUUCCCGGUCCUUUUGACCUUCUUUGAUCUUGUGUAUAGUUUCCAUUUCUACGUCAGGGGCCAAACAUACACCACGACAGCCUUUGCCGUAUUCACAUUCCUCUGGAACCUGUUUUAUACCAUGUCAUAUCUGGCCGUUCUAUAUAUUGUGUCUGAGGGAUCGUUGGCCCCGAUUGCCCAGCCUGGCCCCGAAAAUCAACACGAUCCGACCAAAGGCGUUUACGCACCUGUUCAAGCCAAUCCCCAGCAACCAUUUGAGAACGUAAACACGGCAUACAACAGCCCAGCGCAGCAAAUGCCGCAACAGCUACCAAUCCAGCAGCACAAUAAUAUGCAAGCACCGCCUCCCAUGAGCCAGGCUGGAUUCGAACCAGCAAGGAACCAAUUCAAUCAAUCUCCCGCCCCUCAACAGGAAUACUAUGAUCCUGGCAAGGGUGAGAACCAAGCCUUGAUACAGGCUCCAGCAUAUGAGCAACCAGCACCACAAUACCAGAAUUAUCAACAGCCCCCUGUUCCACAGGCCUACAGAUAG